AUGGAUAAUAACCAAUCCAUCAUUAAAUAAACUAUGAUCAUGAUUAAUAUAAUUAUAAUUAUUAAUUAAUUGAUGAAAAGGCAAAGGCCCGGUUGCAUUAGCACGCAGUGCACAUGAUAAUUUCUCUGCUGCUCCUCGCUGGACGAAAGAUGCUUCUCUUCCCCGUUUCUAUAGGAAAGCACGCAAGGCGACUGUGUUCUUCGGGCUUACCUUCCCUCCUCACGCCGUCGCCGUCUUCAUCUCCGCCGGAAAAAUCCGAUCUUCUCCGGCCAAACUCAACCAGAAAAGUCAGCCGGACAGUGGUAGUAUCCGACAAUGUCAGAUCAGAGCUGCAACUCUCGUGGCCACUUCUCCUGGCUGAUGAAGUCCUGCUUCCCCAACCCCAACGACAAGCAUCUCCCCGCCCCCCACGUCCCCCUCCACCGCCACCGCCACGGCCACGCCGAGCUCAGCUCGUCGACCGCCCCCGCCAGCUGCCUCGACUCACUCCCCGACGAUCUCCUCCUCGAGUGCCUCUCCCGGGUGCCCCCACCCUCCCUGCCUUCCGUCUCCCUCGUCUGCCGCCGCUGGUCCCGGCUCGUCGAGUCCCCCGCCUUCUCCGACCUCCGCCGAAUCCGCGGACUCCUCCGCCCCACCAUCUUCGCGCUCGCCUCCUCCGCCGACUCCUCCUGCCUCCUCGCCGCUUCCCUCUGCUUCUUCGACUCCGAUCCCGCGUGGAGGAUCUCCCUCUUCCUCGCAAGUGACUCCGUCUCGCUGGCGAACCUCUUCGGCUUAGUCUCCCACUCCCGCCUUUCCGCGAUCGGCCCGAGAGUGUACAUCAUCGGCAGGAGCGCCAUGGUCUGCUACGACACCUGGACGGGGACGGUCACCACCAGAUCUCCGAUGACCUCUCCGAGGAAGAAGUUCGCCUCGGCAGCAUGCUCCGGCAGGAUCUACGUCGCCGGCGGGGGAGGCUGCGGGGGAUCAUCCUCGGUCGACGAGUAUGAUCCGCGGAGCGACAGGUGGCGGGUGGUCUCCCAGGCUCCGAGGAGGCGGUACGGCUGCGUGGGCGCCGCCGUGGACGGCGUGUUCUACGUGAUCGGGGGGCUGAGGAUAGGGUCCGCGUCGGGAGCCGACCAGCCGCACGCCGCAAUGGGGGCCGAGGCGCACGUCUACGCCAGCUCGAUGGACCUGUACGACGUGGAGGCUCGGGCAUGGCUGAGGAGCCGGUCCCUACCGGGCGGCGGCUGCGUGGUGGCGGCAUGCGCGGCGGCGGGGCACGUGUACAUCCUGGCGAGCCACGCGGUGGAGCUGUCUUUCUGGAGGUUCAACGCGCAGAGGAAGGCCGGGGGAUUCGGGGAGUGGGCGAGGCUGAAGGCUCCGCCGCUGCCGGCGCAGGCCCGGCUGGACUCGAGCGUGAGGUUCAGCUGCGUGGGGGCCGGGGGAAUUGUGGUGCUGGUGCAGGUGGCGGGAUGCAUAGAUGACCUGCUGAGGAGGAGCGGGAGGGGGGAGAGGGGGAUGAGGGAGGGGCUGGUGCUGGUGUACGACGCGGCAGAGGGAGAGUGGAGGAGGGCGGCAGACCUGCCGGAGGUGAUGCAACGCGCCGCCUGCGUGAGCGUGGAGUGCUGAAGCUACGCAAACAGUGGACUGGCAGUAGGCCUUUUGGGACUGAGCAUUGGAGUGUAGUGGAAGGAGCCGACAAGAUUAUCUAUCUGUCAAGGCUCUGUUUGGACGGAAGGAAAAUGUCACUGCAUUGGUCGCGCAUCUUGUCUUGGGAACCAAUCAUCGGACAAAAUCGAUCUAAAUAAAGCACCUGAUUAAUUUCCGAACUCGAUUAAUGAGAUCCAUGGGCGGCCGGUAUUUGAUGGAUAAUUAUCUAUUAAUUAUUGAUGAUUACGUUCGUGUUCAAUAGAGAACGACGAGUCUUGUCACCGUAUUCUACUAUGAUGCAAUAUGCAAACAAAAGUAGCUCUGGUGGGUGGGCCCGAUUUAGACAGAACAUCCGACCAAUUCUCAAUCUAUGCGGUGCGGUCCCCGCAGCUACGGUUGAUGAGUUCACGGGCGCAUGUAUUAUUGAUGAUUAGGGAUGUCGAUUAAUGAGAUUCAUGGAUGGGCCAAUAUUUAAUUAUUA